AUCAUCCCCUGAUGUGCCGCGCACUUUGUCUUCUCUGGAGGAUAGAUUAUAAUCUUUACUAUUUUCUGUUCAUUUAAUUUAGUAUUUUUGUGGAGAUAUUUCGCCUGAUUCUUUUUGUUCUGUGGCGCAACAGUGCGCGCUGUGUGUGUGUUUGUGUGAGCUCAUCCUGUUCCACAAGAUAAGUCAGGGUUUUAGGCUGCUCAUCUGGCAGCAGGUGGUGUGACAUGUGGACCGGGUAAAGUCUCACCCAGUGCUUGUCAAUAAAACAUUCAGUGAAGUCGCUCCCUCCGGCAGUGUGACUCGGGAUGCUCGGCCAGUCUCCUCACCUUAUCGGAGGCAUCUUGUGGAUCCAGAAUCCAAUGAGAGCUGUUCACUGCAACCUGAGCCAGAAUGGCAUCGACCACCAGAUGUGCCCAGAGGACUUGACGUCACAGCUGGAGGAGGAGGAGGAGGAGUCUGUGGACGGGGGGCCCGUGCUGCUGGACGAUGACAGCCCCACCUACCAGGACGUCAGCCCCCCCGUGUACCAGCGCCGCUCCCCUCCGCACCGCUCCGUCUCAGAGUCUGAGCUGUCACGGCCAGGACAUGUGAAGCUGUCUAAGCCCGUGGCGCUGUGGACCCAACAGGAUGUGUGUAAAUGGCUGAAGAAACACUGUCCCAACCAGCACCAGAUCUACAGCGACUCCUUCAAACAGCACGACAUCACAGGGCGGGCUCUGAUGAGAUUGACAGACAGAAAGCUGGAGCGAAUGGGAAUCAUGCAGGAAUCCCAGAGGCAGCACAUCCUGCAGCAGGUCCUGCAGCUCCGCGUCCGAGAAGAAGUCAGGACCCUUCAACUUCUCACACAAGCAUCUCUGGAGUGCUCUCCAUCUUCUCCGUAACCUGACGGAGACGUCCACCUUAAAAUGUGAUCCCUCAUCUUCUCUGUGGAACAAUCGCAGCGCUCCGUCUCAUAUCGUCAUUCUCCGACUGAACUGGAAAAAAAAAAAAAAAAAAAAACUCCUGCCUUCUUUCCCAGCCACUCCUGAGAAGCUCCCACAAGUUCUGACUUGCUGUUUCCUCACAGUCCAAACAAUUCCUCACAGCUUCCUGGAAUAUGACCAAGAGUUUCCAUCACAGGCGUCCCAUCUCUCCGCUCAUUUCUGACCUCCGCCGCCAAAUCUGUACCACAACUCUCACGCUAUAACUCCUACACUCCUCUCAGACAUGGCGACACUCCCUCUGCCUCUGGAAGCAAGAGCCACAAUAAUGUUUUCCCCAGAAUUCAACACUUUCCUGAUAGAAUUCAAAAACAAAGAUACUCUGUGAAGUCGAGCCUUGUGAUUGGAUGACAGUUUUAACAUUUUAGGGAACUUAUCCAACCACGCUCAUCCAUCCUUACAGUGAAGCAAACAUUCCCAAUCUGUGACCCGUGGACCAAAUUUGGCCCCUAAACAACUUUAAGUCAUGACUAUAAUAAAAAAUGACUAGAUCUGGGAAAUGACAAAGAAAUAUCUGUAAAAAAUAAUCUCAAAUAAGAGACAUAAGCUUCAUAUUGUUUUUAAAGCAAUGCAGAGCUAAACUCAGUUAAUGAAUCUGUAAAAUAUUUGAUUAUUAUCAGACUAACAAACCUACAAUUCAACUGGUAUUUCUGUUGUUUACUUAAGAAAUGCAUUUCAGCCAAGUUAUUGUUCGAUACAGUAGUAUUUAAGAGUCUAACUUAAAAAAAUAAAAAAUUAAAGCUCCUGUGAGGAACUUGAAUUUUUAGUUAGGUAUUUAUUUUCUCUUUUCUGAUCCUUUCAUGUACUUUAUGUACAUGUAGGUAAUUUUUUCUGAUCCUAAAAUCUUAUCCUCCUUGGCCUUAGCAGUCCAAUAAACUACUUCCUGUUUAAAUCAGCAAUAGAAAAAUGUAUGAAGAAUGCUGUUUUUGAGAAAUAUCAAACACUACUAAUAUCUAUAUGAUAUUUCUCAAUAUUAUUCCUGAUGGUCUUGUUUACUUUUAAAGGUCAUAAAGAAACAUCAGCAUUAAUUUCAGUCUGAUUUAUAACCAACAUUGGUAGCUUUAAAUGCAACAGAUUCAUCGAAACGUCCAUUUAAAACAUGUUAGCAGUAAAACAGUGUUUUGCUAACACCAUAAAUUCCUUGCAUCACAGGUCUGACAUAUGAAAUAACAUGUCCAGUACCUUGCCCCUUGUCCCUUGAGUAGGCCUUCAGUAAAAAGUGAAACCUAUACAUUCUCAUUUCUACAUUCAAACACAGUCUCUGGGUCUCUUUGUCGCAUGUUAGCAUCUUCAUUGUAGCAUUGUUUUUUCUUGAGGUUCGCUGCUGAGCUUCCCUCCAAAAGACUUUCAGCUGUGGCUUCAUAAAAACUGUCAACCAGACCUUACUAUACACUUCUGCUUCCCUAAUUCCCACAAUGCAAAAGGACUUACACAUCUAACACAACCAUUGGUGUGUAUUGUGCUCUUUCUCUCUCUCAUUCUGUGCAUAGAUCCUGUAAACAGUGUUUCAAAAACUCCAUAUCUCUCCUCACUACUUCUCCAUAUUGUGGAUCGCUCUCUUAGACGGUACAGCCGGAGAGGACUUCACUGUGAAAACAACCGACAGUAAAGAGUGGGGAUAAACAGUCAACAUGGCAUCACAUUAGGUGCGGGUUAAGUUAAAGGGUCCCUGCGAAAAAAUGAACGGCAUCGUUGUGAAAAGCAAUCUGAGGAGAUGAAGCAGAACCUGGAGGAAAGAAAAAAAAAAAAAAAAAGGCCAGGAUGAACUGCAAUAAGGAAAUUCCCUCGGUGUCUCUCUAAAAGCACCGUGCCAGCAGGUGAACUGAAACAAAGGCGAAAAGGGAGUGGCUGAAAGAAAGGCGAAGAAAAAAAAAAAAAGGAGCAGGCAAAGCAAAAAAAAAAAAAAAAAGGGCUCCGAGACGCUUCAUCUCGAAACUCUUAACCGCUAAUGAGGGGAGAGAAGAAGAAGAAAAGACAUCACAGAUAACAAAAGAAGAGCCUUUUUUCAUUUCCCCAUGUAACGUUGACUCUUUAUUGCUUCGUCCUCUUCCCAUCUCACCGCUUUGAGACUAUUUUUAGAUGAGAAAUAUUGAAAAUACAGUAGAAAGGAGACAUGCUGUGGGCCAAGAAAGCUCAUCAUGGAAAUGUUGUUUAUCACAAUAUUAGGAAGAAACACUAUAUCCUAUUUAUCUCAAGACUCUGUUAAUGUGAAUAAUGGCCACUCACUGUUGAUAUUUUAGUAUUUUAACUGCACUUAAAAGCACAUUUGUCCAUCAGGAAACAAAUCAUCUGUUACUCAUCUUUGCCACUUUGUUCUUUGAGUGUAAAUACAUGACUGUAGCCAGGAUUAACACCUCUGAUAUCAAUAUCAGCAGCUGGUUUUUAGGAGUGAAAUUCAUCAAAAACCUCUGAUGUAGCAUGAGAUGUUGUCAUGGUAACAACAUCUUUCCUCUCUGGAUGGGUGCUGUCAAUCAAAAGGAGCAUAAAAAAGGCUCCGCGGUUGGAGCGUUUGGGUAAAAACGGGGUCAAAGUCGGCCCCUGAGAGCUAUCAGGUUUUAAUGGGAUUCCAUUUGUACACCGGUCCCUGUGUGUCCAGCCAUUCAUUGUUUGGAUAGCAGCUGUAGCCUCUAAUGCAGCAGAGACCUGUGAGUAGAUUGAAAAGUAUUGAUCAGAUAGUCAGGACAUACAGUCGGUCCGCCAGGAUCACAAAAGCCUCCGGGAGUGUGUUUUGUGUGUAUUGGUGUGUGUGUGUGUGUGUGUGUGUACUGACAGUCACAUAGGAAUGGAGAUGUUGGGGCUAAAACACAAGUGGCUAUUUCACGGUCGGGUGGAGAUGCCGUGUCCAUGUCUGUCAAGGCCACAGGAGAAGGAAGAGUGGGGGGAUGAAGCUUCCGUUAAGUUGGGAAUUUCUCCAUUCUACUAUCAAAUUGGAAACUGUCAAUAUUCAGACUGGGAGAAAUGGUUUCCUGUCGUAGGUAGCUGGUGACUGAGGUGUGAAUUCAUUCAUGCAAACAACUCUCAGCAGGAGUUCCUGACAGUAUGAUAAAGCAAAUUUAUCAAUAUAAUGAAGGGAUAUUAAUGCUGGUAAUCUAAAAGUUCCUCUCUUGGCAUCGAUCAUCCUCCAAAAAACGUUUUCUCUGCUUUAGAAAAAUUAUAGAUUUAUACAUUCUCAGUGCUAAUGAAAAUGGUUUACCCACUAGUCCCCAGCGCUAAAUCUCCCACCCGCCCCUUGGCUGAUCACCUCCAGGUCGAGGCAAGUCGCCACAUAAUGUAAUUUAUGUAGGCCUAUGCUCUCUACUAAUCAAUCCCAACAUAAUGUGAGACCCUCAUGUCUGUGCAGCCAGAAGCCAGCUAGCUUAAUUUAGUUAAAUCCCACAUAGCCUAUGUACCAGCACUUUGAGAACCCACUAACAUUAAUAGCUAAAUGUUUGAUUGUUAUUUUGUUAAUUCGGUCUUUGUAUAAUCAUAAAUAAUGUUCUGUCCGACACUCCUUAAUAUAUCUGACAAUGAGAGAAACUGCAUCUUGAAAAAACUGCUGACUCAUUCUCUUGUCAAAGCUGGUUAGCAUAGCCUAUCAUAACUCUUCUCAAGGGAACAAAUUAGCCAACAUUUUCUUCCAAAGAUGAUUAAUUCAUCCAAGAAUGACACUGAAAUACAGUAUAACAUGUUUAUUCGAUUGGCUGUACGUCAGGUUUUGUUACAAUCCGACAUAGCUAAUCGGUUAGCCUACUUGUUUACAGUCUGUAUGCUAGGCUAAUGAACCUGCUGCUUAUUGUGGGGCUUCACAUUUGGCACAUUAACAGUGGAGGGAUAAUUAUAUUUGUAUGUAAAUCUCUGACAAAAACCAAAGUGAUUUUUUUUUUUUUUCAAAAGUGUUAACUGCCUAAAUUUAGAUUAAAUUUGUUUGUUUUGUUUUAUUUGGAUCCCCAUUAGCUUCAGCAUAGCGAGAAGCUAUUCUUCCUGGGGUCCGCAAGUGUUGCUUAGCUGAUCGGAAACGUUAAAGUUUGCAAAAAAGAACCUGGCUGAAGAAAUGUCCGUUCAUCCACUGAUCGAACCUGGUGGGGAAAAAACACACCAAGCUGACUUCCUGUGAUCUUCCAGUAUAUGAACCACUUGCAUUGGAUUUCAUCAUAUUUUCAAUUGUGGCCCUGUAAAGAAAGAAAGAAAGAAAGCACUGUGUGUGUGUGUUACAACUUCAAUGUGGGUAUAAUAGAUUAUUCAAGCCUUUGUAUCAAAACAUAACGUUUUCUUUCUCUUAGGAAUUAAUUUGUAGAAUUUCCAUGCCAACAGUCUAAACUUUGGAACAAGAACUAAACUAGCUUGCAGGUUUUUCCACUACAAACAAAUGUAGCAGCGUGUUGUAGUGAUGCAUAUGCCAGGCUGUAGCACUGUAAUAACCCUGGAUGUAGGCAGUAAAAUAUUGAUCCUUUAUUGUUAAUCUCCAGAGUGUUUUCAGUGAGGAAUAGAUUUUGUCUUCAGAGGCAUGAGGGAAAAUUUCCACUGUAUUUUGGCGCUGAUAUCCAGGUAUAACCAGCCCCAGAUCUGGCAACUGUGCCAAAAUGUCCGAGGACUUGCCUCGGCUCGUAUAGUCUGGCAGUACCCUGAGAGUGGUUUGGCACGUACUCAUAGAAGCUGAUCAACGAUGCUCUGUUACACAAGAGAACGCCAGACUGAAAACCUCACACACGUUAUUGCACAAGAACUUUUCACACAUGCUGGCACACAUGUAAAACGCACAUAAAGUCAGACUUUGUGUGUAAAAUACGCAUCAACAAGCACACGGACGCAUCAUUUCUAAGCAGAUUGGUGGCAAAUAGUGACGCCAUGCUGACACGUAGAAACAGGUGACAAAGCAAACAUGUAAACAACGCCUCACAAUCACAAUCUAAACAGACGACAAAUCUAAGAUUUUAGUUUCGGCCAUGUUUGACAGCACGUUUCGAAAGAGUGUUUUUGUAACCAACAGGCAUGAUGAGGUCUGUAGCUCCCCCUCUAUCUACUUAUAAGGUGCCUAAUGAUGGAUAUUAAUGAUGAUAUUGAUACCAUGUUCAGUAUAUAAAUAUCUAUAUAUAUAAUAAACAGAUUAAUCAUG